AUGGUUUCUUCCGCUAUUAUUAGUCUCGCGCACUUAAGGGACAUAAACACUCCAGGUACCGAGCUAACCCUCUCCAUAAACCCUGAUAUAUGGGAAAUCAAGAAACAUCUCGCAGAUAGCGACGUAGGAAACAGUCAGACACGCCUCAUGCUACCAAAGGAUGAUGUGGCUGAGCACAUUCUUGGUUACCUCACGGAUGAAGAGCGCAUGAUGAUCGAAGGUGGUGCAAAUAAUCAUCAAGGGUUGAGAAUCAGUGUGUACGACAGUGAUACCAAGUCUACGCAUUGGCUGUCCUUGAAAAAAUGGCAUUCGAGUGGAAGCUAUGUGUUGAUUAACAAUUGGAAUACGCAAUUUGUUAAGAGAAGAAAGCUUAAAGCUGGCGUUUUAAUUGGACUCUUUUGGAAUACUUAUGCAACGAGACUCCACUUUCGUGUGCUUCGUUCUAACAACUGA